AUGGAUGUCUCUGCGCUUUUAACGUCUGCUGGGAUUAAUAUUGGGAUAUGUGUAGUGCUUGUGUCGCUUUACUCGAUCCUAAGGAAACAGCCGUUCAAUUAUUGUGUUUACUUUGGGAGAAUGCUUUCUAAUGGAAGAGUUAAACGUAAUGAUCCUCGUUGGUAUGAGAGGUUUGCACCUUCUCCUAGUUGGCUUGUUAAAGCUUGGGAAACUACUGAGGAUGAGAUGUUGGCUUCUGCUGGUCUUGAUGCUGUGGUUUUCAUCAGAAUGGUCAUUUGCAGCAUUCGUAUUUUUUCAGUCGUUUCAGUCGUUUGCAUUUCCUUUGUUCUACCUGUAAACUAUUACGGACCAAUGAUGAAGCACCAGGAAGCUCAUCUGGAGCCAUUGUCAAUCUUCACUAUUGAAAACCUUAAUCCACGCUCAAGAUGGCUGUGGGUUCAUUGUCUUUCACUGUACAUCAUAACCUCUGCGGCAUGUGCUCUUCUUUACUUUGAGUAUAAGACCAUAGCCAGAAAGAGGCUGGCAUAUAUUACUGCAUCGUCCUCAAAGCCAAGUCAUUUUACCGUACUUAUGCGUGCUGUUCCUCAGUCUCCUGACCAAUCUUACAACGAAACAGUGGGACAAUACUUCACAAAUUACUAUGCACCAAGCUAUCUCUCGCAUCUAAUGGUCUACCGUGAUGGCCUCAUUCAGAGACUGCUGAAUGAUGCUGAGAAGAUGUGUCAGGCAAUAAAACAAGUUUCUCCUGAUGUAAGCUGUAAUCCGAGUAUUAAGUCAUGCAACUUUUGUACAGGACCUUCAGCCACAAAGUCUUUUCAAAUGCUCUCUACCGAGACAGACAGUGUCAAGCAACUGGAGCUUGGUGAGUUGACUUUGACUACGACCGAGGAAGAACGUCCCGUUGCUUUUGUGUUUUUCAAGACUCGUUAUGAUGCUCUUGUUGCAUCUGAGGUUCUUCAUACAUCAAAUCCUAUGUUAUGGGUGGCAGACUUGGCCCCAGAGCCUCAUGAUGUCUACUGGAAAAACCUGAAAGUACCUUAUCGCCAACUUUGGAUGCGAAAAAUAGCAACCCUUGUCGGUGCUGUUGCCUUCAUGUUUGUGUUUCUUCUACCUGUUACUGGCAUUCAGGGGCUGACUCAACUAAACACUCUAUCUAAGAACUUUCCUUUUCUAAGAGACCUCUUGAAAGCGGAUUUUAUGAAUAGGGUGAUCACAGGGUAUUUACCAAGUGUGAUACUGGUUCUAUUCUUCUAUACCGUUCCACCAUUGAUGAUGUACUUUUCAACUUUGGAGGGGUGUAUUUCUAGGAGUUUAAGAAAGAAAAGUGCAUGUAUCAGAGUUGUAUACUUCACCAUCUGGAAUGUGUUCUUCGUCAAUAUCCUAUCAGGUUCUGUUAUCAGGCAGUUAAGCAUCUUCUCUAGUGUGAAAGACUUACCUGCACAACUUGCUAAAGCAGUUCCAACACAGGCUGGCUUCUUCAUGACCUACUGUUUCACGUCUGGUUGGGCUGGUUUGGCAUGUGAGAUCAUUCAACCAGUGGGUCUUAUAUGGAAUCUGAUAUCAAGAGUUAUUAUCAAGAACAAGGAUGCCUCAUAUGAAACGCUUAGGUUUCCUUACCAUAUUGAAAUUCCUCGGCUACUCUUGUUCGGUCUCCUUGGCUUCACCAACUCUGUCAUAGCGCCUCUGAUACUACCGUUCCUGCUCAUCUACUUCUUUCUCGCCUAUCUUAUAUAUAAGAAUCAGGUAUGUAAUGAUCUCUGA